AGAAUCCAUUCGCCCGUUUUCACGUUUGAUGAAAGCCCACUUGCAGUACCGCUCCAAUCCGUGGAGCGGCGUUCCGCAGCUGCACGCAGAGAGGAAAUGCUCGUUGGCGGCUUCCGGUCGGUGCUCAUUUCGAUUUCGACCCUUUUCGGCUUUUGCCCGUUCAUUGAGCGAGAUGAACGCGCCUCCCGCUUUCGAGUCCUUCUUGCUCUUCGAGGGCGAGAAGAAGAUCACCAUCACCAAGGACACCAAAGUGCCCAACUCGUGCCUGUUCACGCUCAACAAGGAGGACCACACGCUCGGCAACAUCAUCCGCGCGCAACUCCUGAAGGAUCCUCAGGUUCUCUUCGCCGGGUACAAAGUUCCUCAUCCUCUGGAGCACAAGAUCGUCAUCAGGGUGCAGACCACGCCCGACUACAGUCCUCAGGAAGCGUUCACGAACGCCAUCACCGACCUGAUCAGCGAGCUCUCGUUGCUGGAGGAACGCUUCCGCGUGGCCAUCAAAGACAAACAGGAAGGCAUCGAGUGAUCGUGAUGUCACUUCCCCCUCGCCUUGGAAAUAAAGCUGUCCAACUUUUGUGACAAAGUCAAAUCAAA